ACGCGUCUCACACCAUUGAAUGGAAAAAGUGAGGUAGAACUCGGAGAGCUUGGCUUGCUACAGAUUCGUGUUUACUACGGCAGCACGUUCAUGGGUUAUGCUCCUAACAUCAACGGGAAAGAGAAAUGGGUUGACACCGGAGAUGUAGCUCGAAUGGACGCCGAGGGAAGCAUCGAAAUCGUAGCCAACAGAGAGGAUCUGAUCUAUGACAAAAACAACGGCAUCGUUGAGCACUGGAAUAUUGAACGCCUUCUUAACCAAAACGAUCUGAUCAAAGGGGUUCAGGUAGUGUCAGUCGGCCGUGGUAAACCGGUCACGGCGGUUUGUGUGCUACGCAACCCACAGUCCAAUGCCGCUUAUGUUCGGUCCGAAUUGGCAGCAAUGUGCAAAACUCACCAGUUCUCGGUUCCUGACUUGUUCGCAUUUGUACGCGACUUUCCCCGAAUACACACAAAGAUUCAAAAGUAUCGACUUCGUGAAAUGCUUCAGAACGGGAAGAUUUCCGUGUUCUGA